GUCGGGAGACCUCAGUCUAUCCACCUGCAGAAACCGCUUCCCUGCACUAUACACUUGAGCGCCACCGCGCACGGCAGAGGCUUCGCUCCGCCACUCAUCUCCAGGAUCAACUCUUUGUUUCGAACCUCCUUCUGUGGAAAAUACAGAGUCUGUUGAUGCGAUUUAGAGAUCACUUCAAGUUAAGGCGGCCGCGUCAAGUUAAUUUAAAUCCAAGCUUUGUUUGUCUCUGGGAUAAUCGUGCAGGAUCUGCGGCGGAUACACUGAUACUCCUGCGUGCGGACAGAGGAGCUCAAAGGAUCUGGGUGGAUGGUUUUAAAUUUUGUCCAGCUUCAUCACAAUAUUCACUGGACUCAGCUUGAAGCUUCUGAACUCUCCUUCUCCUCUGUUAACAAACAGAGGGACAAUGUUGUGGGACAAACUGUGCUGGCUGCUGGCCCUGCUGGCCCUAUCGUCCGCGGGGUUGCCUCCCUCCAGUGAGCCCCUCUCUGCACCCAGGAUCUUCCUGUCCUUCAAAGAGUUAAAGUCUACCGGCACUGCUCACCACUUCUCCUUUUUACUGAACUCGACCGACUAUCGGAUCCUUCGGAUGGAUGAAGACCACGACCGCAUGUAUGUGGGCAGCAAAGAUUAUAUCCUCUCCCUGGACCUGCACGACAUCAACAAGGAGCCACUCAUAAUCCACUGGCCUGUUGCCCCCCAGAGGAAGACAGAAUGUGUCCUGUCGGGGAAAGACACCAAUGGGGAAUGUGGAAACUUCAUACGUCUGAUUGAGCCGUGGAACCGGACCCACCUGUAUGUGUGUGGAACAGGGGCGUACAACCCCAUCUGUACCUACGUGGACCGAGGACGCAGGUCACAGGGCUCCCACUUCCUACAGGCUGCGCAGUCUGGAGGCAGAACAAGUCGGGCAGCAGAGUACAGCACCACAUCAGAGACUUUGGAGGCGAAGGAAUAUAUUUUCCGUCUUGAACCUGGUAAAGUGGAUUCUGGGAAAGGAAAAUGUCCUUAUGACCCCAAACUUAACAGCGUCUCUGCUUUGAUCAAUGGAGAGCUGUAUGCAGGAGUCUACAUUGAUUUCAUGGGAACAGACUCUGCUAUCUUCCGUACACUGGGGAAGCAGACAGCCAUGAGGACUGAUCAGUACAACUCCAGAUGGUUAAACGAUCCAACAUUUGUCCAUGCGCACCUCAUUCCAGACAGCGCUGAGAAGAAUGAUGACAAACUCUACUUCUUCUUCCGCGAGAAAGCCUCUGAGAUGGGCCAGAGUCCCAUGACCCAGUCUAGGAUAGGGCGGAUCUGCCUGAAUGACGACGGCGGACACUGCUGUCUGGUCAACAAGUGGAGCACAUUUCUUAAAGCUCGACUCAUCUGUUCAGUGCCGGGAGCUGAUGGCAUUGAGACGCACUUUGAUGAACUAAGGGAUGUGUAUAUCCAGCCGACUCAAGACACCAAGAAUCCUGUCAUCUAUGGAGUGUUCUCAGUUUCAGGAUCUGUAUUUAAAGGCUCCGCAGUGUGCGUCUACUCCAUGGCCGACAUCCGUAUGGUCUUCAAUGGCCCUUUUGCCCACAAGGAGGGGCCCAACUACCAGUGGGUUGCUUACACAGGGAAGAUCCCCUACCCACGACCUGGCACUUGUCCCGGAGGCACUUUCACCCCCAACAUGAAAUCCACAAAGGAUUACCCAGAUGAGGUUAUCAACUUCAUGAGAAACCACCCCACUAUGAACAAUGCAAUAUACCCAGUGCACAAGCGCCCCCUGGUGGUCAGAACCAAUGUGGACUAUGAGUUCACCACAAUAGCAGUGGACCAAGUGGCAGCUGCUGACGGGAGCUAUGAGGUGCUGUUCCUGGGCACAGAUCGUGGUACAGUCCAGAAAGUGAUUGUCCUGCCCAGAGAUGACAUGCAGACAGAGGAGCUGGUCUUAGAGGAAGUGGAGGUCUUCAAGGUUCCCACACCAAUUACCACCAUGAAGAUUUCAUCAAAACGGCAACAACUGUAUGUAGGCUCAGUCUUGGGGGUAACCCACUUGGCUCUCCACCGCUGUGAUGUGUACGGGGAGGCCUGCGCCGACUGCUGUCUGGCCAGAGACCCAUACUGCGCUUGGGAUGGCAAAUCCUGCUCCAGAUACUCAUCCUCUCAGAAGAGACGGAGCCGUCGGCAGGAUGUAAAGUAUGGAAACCCAAUCCGCCAAUGCAGAGGUUAUAACUCUAACACCAAUAAGAAUACUCUGGAGACUGUACAGUAUGGGGUGGAGGGCAGCACUACAUUCCUGGAGUGCCAGGCCAGGUCUCCUCAUGUGUCUCUCAAGUGGCACCUGCAGAAGGAAAACAGCGACAGGAAAAAAGAGAUUCGCUCAGAGGGUCGCAUCCUAAAAACAGAACAAGGUCUUCUGAUCCGUUCUCUGCAGUCGUCUGACAGUGGCAUCUACCAGUGCACAUCCACAGAGAAAAACUUCAAACACACGCUUGUCAAACUGCAGCUUGUGGUCCUUUCUAGUCGCACAGUCAACAACGUGUUGGUGGAGACAGGCAGCCCGGCUCUCCCUCCGCUGCAGUCCAGCACCUGGACUCCGAGCGCCGGUCAGUAUAAGGACCUGCUGACCAUCCUAAGCCAACCAGAGAUGGGCCUGAUCAACCAGUACUGCCAGGAUUACUGGCAGCUCGGGGAGGGCAGCCUCGGCGACAGCAAAGCCAAAAGCCUGAAGGAGUUGAAAGAACAAAAGAAGCCUCGCAACCGUCGGCAUCAUGAUGAGCAGACAACUCCAGCUGAGACAUGAGGAGCUGGAUAUACACCUCAUCAUGCGCAAACACCCCUCCAGGCUACCUUUUCACACCACUUCCUAAUUCUUGCAACCCUCCAUUUAGGGAAAUGACUGUAGUUAGUAAAAUCAAAUUAUCACAAUGGGCGAGACAGAAAGUGCAACCAAAAACAACAGCAUCAAACAGUUUCUGCAUAACUGUUGGAAAACAUACACAAUAUUUAUUGUAGGUUGUAAAAAGUAAUUCUUUGUACCUAUCUAGAAAACAUGUUUUUUGUGAAUAGGUAAAUCUGUGCAAAUAUUGUUGUUAUUAUAAUAUUAUUGUUAGUGUUUCUGUUUGUUACAAUAUGUUAUUAUGUUGAGAAUAUCUUUAUGUUUAGUGUUUUUGAGAAAUAGCUACAAUAACCCAGGACUUUGGGAGUUGUCCACGCGUGGACAAGGACCGAGGAGCACGUAUUCAGAAACUGUUCAAGGCGACCAUGUUGGAUCACUUGACUGCAGGCAGUAUUCAGUGUCUAAGCUGGAAAUCGAGUCGCUGGUUCAGUAAAUUUCAAUCAACUUCUCAAACCUGUUCAUCGGAACUCUACUGUACAGCAGAUAGUCUUUUUUUUAUUAUUUUUAUUACUGAAAGCUGUUGAAAGAAUGAUGGUGGCAUUUCUUGGGACAUGCAGUGGCAAAAAGAAAUGCCCACAGACUGCAACUGUGAUAGCAUGUCAUGCUCAUACAGUCACACGUCAAUGAAAGGCCCUUUGUGGCAGGUAAGACGUCACUCUCCUUUCAUACUGUGGUCCAGCCUGGCCUCAAGUAAUAAUAUUGCAUCACCUACCCAACCCAAAUUCUUCCAAAAUCAGUUGCUGCCAAGUGUUUGUUUUGUUUAUAUGUGACUACCACAUCUCAAUGUUGUAUCCUUGACAAACGUGAUCUCUAUGAUAAGCUGUUUUUUUUGUGUUUUGUUUUGUUUUGUUUUUUUUUUUGGGGGGGGGGGUUCUUUUAAUGACACAAAAGCUGAAAAUAUAACAUUGCCUUUUCUUUUCUCUCUUGAGAUAAAGAAGUUCCAGCAGGCAGCUAUAUGUAAGUUUGUGACAGUUUUUAUAAAUAAAAAUAUUAGAGAGAAAGCACCUUCUGUUGCCAACUUAGUAAUGUUGAUAAACAGUAAAUACUUCACAUGUAUCUGUGGCAUUUGCAGUACAGUAUUCAUGUAAGGCAGAGCAUGCAGCGUGUAUGCUCAAAGGUUUUUGUUUAGCUCGCAGUGUAUUCAACAUCUGCAUUCCUGCCAGUUUCAUGCUAAAUACUGCUUUCAUUAAAUGAAUAUUAAUCAUGUAAUAAGUCUACACUUCUGUUGAAUUAGAGUGACAAAUGUGCUGAUUUGCAGUAACUGGGGAUUGACUACUUUAACUGGUGCUGUGUUUACUGUAUCAGCUUUUCCAGCUACUUCUUUUGUCAGUCCAGUGCAGUGCCAUCCUGCAAUCAUGUGUGCCACAGACUUCGUAUACCGUUAAAACUGUUUGUACUGAGGAACUUCCAUAUAGUAAAAAAAGAAAAAAAAUGUCACAAGCACAACUACUAACACGUUGAUCACCACCAAACCUGAAGAGAAACUUGUACCAAUAUCUUCAGAAGGUGGCUUUUCAUUGUGCAUGGCAUGUACAGUGUAUGUAUAUGGUAUUUGUCUAAAAUGCUAUGUUGCUGUGGAUGUCAGUGAAUGUCUUUCUUGUUGUGGGACUAUGGAAAUAUUAUCAGUGCAAGAAAGAUGUGCUGAAAGUUUUGGUGGGAAAUGCUGAAAGUACAGGAAGGUCGGAUUGUGAUUUUUUAACCCCCUCCCCCUGUUUGUCUCUUAAUCUCUAUUCUCAAAACUUUGCAAAACCAAUUAGCAUAUAUUUGAAAAACGUGCAUCUAUUCUAUUUCUCUGGCAAACUUUGCUCUGGGUCAUUGAGGGAAAGUAAUGUAUGAUAUAAUGCACAGUCGAUGUUAUUGUAAUGACUUGUAAAAAAAUUAUUAUCUUUUUCUUCCUCAUCAAUGUUGCUGACUAAUAAAUUAAAGCUCUAUAUUUUAUAAUAA